UUUUUAUGUUUAUAUGCACUUUUUAUGUUUAUACAAGUUGUCUAAAAUGGGUUGGCUGUGAUCAAGAAAAAUGAGAAAAGAGAAGAUUUUUAUGUUUUAUUCUUUAACGUAAGUUAGGAUUCUAAUUAAGGGGUUUAGCUGAUAGUAGUUUAUUUUGUUAUCUAGUUUGAAAGGGUUUAGUCUGUUGAAUUUCUUGGUGCCCUUUUCAGCAAAUUGAGCAGGGUGCUUACAGAGAGAGACAAGGAUAGCACAGUAUACAAAUGGCUCGUUCCGCUCUGGAUGAGAUGUCAGCAACUGGUGCUUUCGAAAGAACUGCUUCAACCUUCCGUAAUAUAAUCUCAAGGGACCCCGGUUCCGUUUUUCCAGUAGAAUCUGGGAGGUACCACCUCUACAUAUCAUAUGCUUGCCCAUGGGCAUCAAGGUGCCUUGCUUACUUGAAGAUUAAAGGCCUUGACCAAGCCAUUAGUUUCACAUCUGUUAAACCUAUAUGGGAGAGGACGAAGGACAGUGACGAGCACAUGGGAUGGGUAUUUGCUUCGUCAAGCACCGAGGAACCAGGAGCCGAGCCUGAUUCUGUUAAUGGAACCAAAAACAUAAGGGAGCUAUAUGAGCUUGCAAGUACAAACUAUUCUGGAAAAUACACAGUUCCGGUUCUUUGGGAUAAGAACCUGAAGACAGUUGUGAACAACGAGAGUUCAGAAAUAAUACGCAUGUUUAAUAGUGAAUUCAAUGAUAUAGCUGGGAAUGCAGCUUUGGACCUUUAUCCUCCUCAUUUGCAAUCCCAAAUCAAUGAAGUAAAUGAGUGGAUAUAUGAUGGCAUAAACAACGGAGUAUAUCGAUGUGGUUUUGCAAAGAAGCAAGAGCCUUAUGAUGAGGCAGUGCAAAAACUAUACGAUGCUUUGGACAAAUGUGAAGAGAUACUGAGCAAGCAGAGAUACUUAUGUGGAGAUCAAGUGACUGAAGCAGAUAUUCGCUUGUUUGUCACCCUGAUUAGGUUUGACGAGGUGUAUGCUGUCCACUUCAAGUGCAAUAAGAAGCUACUUCGCGAGUAUCCAAAUCUGUUUAAUUAUACCAAAGACAUUUUCCAAAUACCUGGCAUGAGCAGUACCGUCAACAUGGAACACAUCAAAAAGCAUUACUAUGGAAGCCAUCCGACCAUCAAUCCUUUUGGGAUUAUUCCUCUGGGUCCAAAUAUCGACUAUUCCUCUCCACAUGAUCGAGAGAAGUUCUCUAAGUAGGAAUGGUCCAUAAUCUUGGCAUGCAUUUUCGAAGCUACCCCAUCUUAUUCACCUGUCACAGUUUGUGGAGUUGCUACUACUAGUACUGCUUCAAUCGUCGGCUUUUUACAGUGUAAAAUUGUCUAAUAAUAAGAGAUGUUGUGCUAGUUUUUUGUAAAGCAACGAGCUAAACAAGAGCUGCUGAUACAUGAGCUAAACAAGAGCUGCUGAUACAUUUACUGUUUGUUCAUCCUAGAAGUGUUUUCUUUGGAGUUGCUACAACUUAGACUGCCUCGUGAAUCUUCAGCUUUAAAGAGUGUAACAUUUUCUAAUACCUGAUAUUAAUAUAUGUAAGUUGUGCUACUUUUCUGCAAAAUGAGGAGCUAAGCAAGAGUUGCUGUUA